AUGCCUUUCACUGCUUCCGACAUUUGCAAGAUCAUCUUCGCCAUCAUCCUGCCUCCUCUGGGUGUCUUCCUGGAGCGCGGAUGUGGUGCUGAUUUCCUGAUCAACAUCUGUCUGACCAUCCUGGGUUGGAUCCCCGGUGUGAUCCACGCCAUCUACAUCAUCUUCAAAUACUAG